AUGAGUUUCAGUUUAUUAGUGGUGAUGAAUCUUCACUGCGUAAUCAUUUGAUCGAACACCCAAGGCCUGGAAAGUACAAAGAUGCCAAUGCUAUGGAGCCAGAUUUGAAUAAACCUGGUGAAGCCGGCGAUCUUGGAAGUAGAAAAAAUCUGCAAACUUAUUCUUCCACUUCCUCGUCCUUCGAAUCUGAAUCUAAACAUAAAAUUAAGCUUAAACAGGGAAGAGAUGCUACAGAUAACUUAUUGUCAAACAAUCCCAGCUCCCCAAGCAUGGAGAAGUUCAACAGAUUUGUUGUAGAUUUCAGUGAUGAAGAUGUUCCCAUCAGCUCUAUGCAUAGCAACCGACGAACACCAGUAACUCCAAAGCAUAGGAUAGACUUGGGCUCAGGCAGCGAGGCAGCUAUUAAAUAUCCUCCAAUUCAAGUCAUGGAUAGAACUGAUGAUCCUACUUCCAUUUCAUAUAGAAUUCCAUCUCGGGUCUUUUCUAGAACUAAAUCCACAGCGCCUAUGGAAUGGAGUGGGGCUUCAAAUGAAUCAUUGUUCAGCAUUCAGAUGGGAAACAUGAGUUUUACCAGAGAACAAUUGGGUUGGCUGGGAAAAUCAGGUGAGCUAUAUAGGCCUGGUGAAUCAGCCCUUGACGUAUCCCAGCAUUUGGCUAUGAGACCUUCAGACUAUGGAUUGAUAGGCACCCAUCCCGACGGUGAUAUGGCAGCAACUGAAGCACGAGCUGCAGAAACAAUGAGGGAGGUUAUAAGAGAAAGCUCAGAAAACCAACGCAAGACGGGUUCCACUCUAACAGAGUCGUCUUCUCAGUCAGCCAGCAUUUCUCCUCAGUCAGAAAGCAGCACAAAAUCUUUCCAGUUUCCAAUAUUGACAGGAGAUGGAGGAAAAAGCAUGUCAUUCAAGGGAGGAAAUCUCGAGAAUGCAAAGCAAGAGGGGACGCCAGAAUCACCACGGCCAUCUUCAAGCUCACAGACCCCAAAAGAAUCGAGCUCAGAGGAAUCUCCAAAAGCGGCUGCAAAUGUUGGUUCAAAGAGAUGGCCUUGCUUUUCUUGCUGCCCGUUCUGUAGUUGAGAAGUGUACAGGUUCAUCAAAUAUGACACUGCCCCCCUCUUCUUAUGUAACUAGGACAAUGCCAACAGGAU